AUGAAUAGCCUGGUGUUACGUGCUGUGAUAAUUAAGAAUAUGGAAAAUGUUUACUGGCUAACUCUGAUUUCAGAAAUACAAGCAAGCAGCGUUCGAUUAAGUCCUUUUCGCUUCAAGUCCUUUUCGCAUCAGGAUCUUUCGACUAAAAGGAAGUUAUCAAAGUGCAAUUGUGGUCUUCCUCUUGCGCAAAGGACUUCAUUGACUCAUGAAAAUCCAGGUAGAAGGUUUAAAGCUUGCGAAUUUAAUAAUUUCGAGACAUGUGAGAAGGGUUGUGACUACUUUGAAUGGGUUGUUGAUGAAGAUAUUUUAGAGUGGCAGAAGGAUGUAACUAAUGUUCUACUAUCUGAAAAACAAAGAUUGGCUACAUAUAUGAAUGUUUUGCAGGCUAAGGUGGCUUGUAUGGAAAAUGAGAGGAGAAGGUUGAUUGAUGAACAUGAAACUUGAAGAACAAGAUGAUGAGGAGUAAGGAAGGUGUACAUAAACUCUGAUGAGGAAAAUUUAGGGGAAAAAUUUAGGGGAACAGAAGAGAGAGAAUGUGAAUUGGAGGGAAAAGGGAAAAAAAUAAAAGGGAGGGUGAUUUUUUUUAAGUCACGUGAUAGUCAUGGACUGGUCAACGCCGGAGUAAAAAAGUCAAACACCGGAAUUCGGCGUCAAGGUCCCUCUAGACAACAAAACAUACUUAUAAGGUCCUUUUCCACCACUUUGAACAUAUAAGGUCCUUCUAGACAAAAGAGUGAAAAUAUAAAUCCCUUCCAGACAAAUUUU